UAGUUAAUUAGGUUAAUUAAUAUUUUUAUCCAAUAAAAUAAAAAUGGACUCCGGUGGGCCAGUUAUUCGGCGGAUACCACAGAAGGCUGUCUUUGCCCUCCUCUUCACUCUAGUGAUUCUAAUCAUAGUUUUACUCCUUCCCAGUAGGAAUAAAAGUAGUCUAGAGACUCAAAAGGACAGUGGAAUAUUGACAUAUGGUGGUAACCAAGACGACGAUGAUUAUAAUGGGACUUACCCCCUAACCACGCCCAUAAGAACAAAUAAUAUUAUUAAAUUUAAGAUUGGAGUCGUUGCAGACCAGGAUAAAGAUUCUAAGGAAAAGGAUAAGGAUUACACGUGGUUCUCGCUCCUAAAAAGAGGUUACUUAACUUACGAUUCUAUUAACAGUAAAGUUACUGUGGAGUGGUUUGAUGAGGUACGUUAAAUAUUCUAUAUAAUGCAUCCACACAUUAUACUCUAUUAAAUUAUACUCUAUUAAUAUUCCCAAAGCAGCAUAGUGAGCAUACAUACAUACAUACACUUACUAAUAGAAUAUCCUCACACACACACACACACACAGUGAGUGUACGUUAUGCACUCACUUACCAACAGGGGUCACAAACCACACUACACAAUAUACACGUUUAUCGAGUGAAAUGAAAUCAAAUGAUCAUAAACAAUCUAAAUCAAUAGCAGCUGUGUUUAUUGUCUCCCUUGCGCACUGUAAUGAGGUCGCAGAUUCUGUUGCUGCCUUUUAGUAUACAAUUUCUUAACAUCUUUGUUAGUUGUUUCUCUCUUAUUCGCAUCACUUGCAAACUAGUCUCAUUAAAGUCUCUGGUCUAUCUUUCUGUAUCUUUUCUAUGUCCUCUCUCUCUCUC